GGCUGUGAGGUGUCGUGCUGCAGCUGAACUGUAAAUUAUUACAGUAAAGAAACCCACGUGGCUAAUGAACUACAACACGGCCCUCGACUCCUCAUUGGUCCGCAGGGGAUGUAGCAACCGGAUUGGCUGUAAGUAGCUUCGUGCCUGACGCCAAACGUCACAUGACCGCACGUCCACUCCAAAAAAAACACACCAACGGUCGAGAUAUCGAAAACGAGGCGACAGAAAAUGAGCUAAAAGCGACACCGGAGAGCCGUGAGAUCGCAGCCGACAUGGUGGAGGUGUUCACCGGGCGGACCCUCGUGAACAAAGACGGCGAUCUGGUCGAUCCCGACGAGGCGCUGAGGAACAAAGUGGUGGGGAUCUACUUCUCCGCCGGAUGGUGCCCGCCGUGUCGGGACUUCACCCCCGUCCUGUGCGACUUCUACACGGAGCUGGUGGAGGAGGGCGAGCCGCCGGCGCAGCUGGAGAUCGUCUUCGUCUCCUCCGACAAGUCGACCGACGACAUGGUGGAGUAUUACCACGACGCGCACGGCGACUGGCUGGCUCUGCCCUGGACGGACGAGUACAAGCAUGAGCUGAAGAAGCGCUACAAGAUCACGGCGGUGCCCAAGCUGGUGAUCGUGAAGCAGAGCGGCGACGUCAUCACGGACAAAGGCCGCAAACAGAUCCGAGACCGAGGCCUGGCGUGCUUCAGGUCCUGGCUGGAGGCCGCCGAGAUCUUCCAGAACUUUAAGGGCUAGGGAACGAAGACGAGGGCUGCCGUGGCAGAGAAUCUAAGGAAACCAACAAAAAAAAAAAACCCAAAAAAACGUUUUAACACGGUUCUUUUUGCUUCUUUUCUUUCACUCAUCAGGGACAUAAUGUAAUUAACUUAUUGAGCACUCUAAAAUCCUUGAAAUGAAACGAUGUAAGUCAUUAACGAGGGUUUGUUUUAAGGGUUCACAAGCCACAAAGGUUCUGAAAAGGCUUCUUUAAACAUCCUAUGCAUCAAAGACCAACCUCAGGCACAUCCUCUAUGGUUCGUAUGUGAAAAAUAAUUUGCUUUAAGGAAAGUAUGCAUUUAGUUUGAAUACUACAAGCCAGCUACAGUAGUUUAUUUUGAAUUACAGACAACAGCCAAACCGUCUCUAAUAGGCUUUUGUAUAUUUAAGGUUGACUUGUAGUUCCUCUUUGAGCUGCCAGUGUAUUUUUGUAUUUUUGAGCUUAUAUAAUUUAUUUAAAAUGGAUAUUAUUAAACAUAUAUAUAUAUA